AUGAAAAACAUUCCAAAUAACUUAGCCAAGUGGGAUCUGUCAGAAGAUUCUCUGGCACCGUUAACCGAUUAUCAAAAAGAAUGUUUAUUAAAUUUGGAAGAAGAAUUGUUCCCUGAUAACAAUCUUAAAACUGAAGAGGCAAAUGGUACUGCAUGCACAAACAAAGAAGCUAUGAAAUCAGUACAAAUAGAACGAUGUCAAGAUCUGUUAAAGCAUUAUGCCACUCUAGAAAAGAAGUGUAUGGACAGGAAAGAUAUGAAGUAUAUGUUAUAUUUAAAUGAACUUCAAACCCGACGGCAAGAAUGUCAAGAACUCUGUCUUCAAAUAGAAGAAGCUUUAGAAGAUUUCACUAUGUUAUAUAAACAGUAUUCAGAAGUCUCUGAUAAAACAAUAUCCCUUUAUGAUGCUAGUGAGCAGCUUGAUUCUGAUCAAAGAAAAUUAAAUUCUACCAUAGAGAACAUCACGGAAUAUGUGAAAUAUUUCAAGGAUGUCGAUAUGAUGAUGGAAAAAUUAGAAGCACCUACAUUAUCAGUGAACAGUGAGAUGUUUUUUAACAUAUUAGAUAAAAUUGAUACCAACAUAGACUUUGUUCAGAAUAAUCCUUCAUUUAAAGAGAGCAAUACCUAUUUGAUCAAAUACAAGCACUGUCAAUCUAAAGCAAUAUCUAUGAUACAAAAUUAUAUUUUUAACCUAUUUAGCAAGACUACAGAAAGUAUAUUGAAUUUAAAAGAUAAUGAUGAGUCGCAAGAUAAUGCUGAUGCUGCUUUAGCCCUUUUCUAUGGUAGAUUUCAAACCAUUUUGUCAAAAGCUAGACCAGUUAUAGAACAAAUUGAAGCUAAGUCUUACAAAAGGCAAGAAUAUGAUAGCUUAUUAUCUGAAUGCCAUCAAUGUUAUUGGAGCCAAAGAGGACUUGUAUUAGGUAGUAGUGUACAAAAAUCUUUAAUGUCAGUGAAAGAAAAAUACAAUGGUGAUCACUGUAGUCUGGUACGAAAUUCAUGUGCACUAUUGUUACAUGCAUCAAUGGAUGAAUAUAAGUUAUUUUAUGAAUUCUUCUCUAAAUCAUCUAAUGGAUUAACGGCAUAUCUUGAAAGUUUAUGUACUUCUCUGUAUGAUACACUCAGGCCAUUCAUAAUUCAUAUUAAUCAUUUGGAAACAUUAGCUGAAAUUUGUUGCAUUUUGAGGAUUGAAAUGCUGGAUGAACAUGUUCAAAACAAUUUUGAACCUUUAGAGGGAUUUGGUAACAUUUGUCUGCAGUUAUUACAUGAUGUACAAGAAAGACUAGUAUUCCGUGCACAUCUUUACCUUCAGUCUGAUGUUUUGAAUUAUAAUCCAUCACCAGGUGACUUGGCGUAUCCAGAAAAAUUAAAAAUGAUGGAAGAUAUAGCAGAGUCAAUAAGAGAAGAAUCUAGACAGACAAAAAUGAAAAGAAUAUCUGUUUCAUCUAAUGAUGAUAAUAUUUUAGAACCAGUAUCUAGAAAUCACAUAGAAAUGGAUUCUAUCUAUCAAAAGACACAUAUGGGAAAUUCACCAGCAGAUCUCCAUGGAAUGUGGUAUCCUACUGUUCGUAGAACAUUAGUGUGUUUAUCAAGAUUAUACAGGUGCGUAGAUAGAUCUGUCUUCCAGUCUUUGAGUCAGGAAGCAAUAUCUCUUUGUGUCCAAAGUAUAGAAAAUGCGAAGCAAGAAAUAGAGAAAAGAGCAUCACCUUUAGAUGGAGAACUUUUUCAAAUAAAACACUUACUCAUUUUAAGAGAACAAAUUGCACCAUUUCAAGUGGAUUUCACAAUAAAAGAAUAUAGUUUGGAUUUUUCAAAAGUUAAGACAGCAGCAUUUAGUUUAUUAGAAAAGAGUUCAAGACUUUUUACAUUGUCAAAUAAUGCGCUAUUAGAAUUUCUAUUGGAAGGAGCACCUCAAAUGAAGGAGCAACUAAUAGAUUCAAGGAAACAUGUGGAUAAUAAAUUGAAAUAUGCUUGUCAACGUCUUAUACAGCUUGCGACAUUUUUAUUGAUACAUCCAAUUUUAAAACUGUUAGAAAAAGAGAAAUUACAUACUAAUAUCCCAGAUGCAUCUCCAGAACAUGCUCUUGGGAAUCCUCAAGAUGUUGCAGCAGCAAUUAGUGAGGUAUUGCGGAUAAUUAAAUUUAAAUGCCCUGAAAUUCAACAACUUAUGCAACUGUAUCUCUCCAAUAAGGAAACAGAAUUUAUUCUGUUUAGACCAGUAAAAAAUAAUGUUUGUGCUGCAUUUACACAAUUAUAUCAGAUAUUGGGUAAAUAUUAUAAUUCAGAAGAACUUUUAUUAAUUGCAUGCCCAUUACCAGAACAGAUUUCUGUUAUGUUGAGCUCAUCCAGUCUAACUCAUGGAAAAAGUACACAAACUAUUACAAAGAAAACAUAG